UACUGUGGGAGUGAGUUGUCUACACCCGUUGUUGAGGCUGCUGAGAGGACUGGAGAUGAGUGACCUGAGUGAGAUAGACGCACUGCUGGGUUGUCACAUAUGUCUUCCGGCGCCUCAGGUGUAUACAGAGUUUGGACAGGCCACUGAUUACCAGCAACAUGUCUCACUGCAUUGCCUCUUCCAUUGUGUCAACUGGCUCAUUGAAAUCGUCAACUGCUUCUCCUAUCUGAUCAAGAAAAACGAACCCGAAAAGGUGGUAAUGCGUGUACGACUGAUUGUGUGGUUAAGAGGACUUUUGUCACGCUGUCUGCCUCUGGCCAUGCAGUAUACUCCUCCAGUCUGCUACUUCCAGGCAUUACCCAGACCCAAGGCCAACAGUAGUCAGGAGAAACCAGCCAAGAAGAAAACCAAAAGGAAAGGGAAGAAGAAAAGCAAAAAGAAUCAGGAGGAUCAACCUUUGACAGGAACGGUGGCGGAGAUGAGUCAUGUGAGUGAGGAAGAGGAAGAAGAAGUGACAGAAGAGCGGUUGGCAGACCUUACCAAAUACAGGGUAUACUUCAGAGAGCUCGACAUUGAUGUGUGGUUAGUGUUGACUCAGCCGUUGACACUCGCUCCUACGCCAGAGAAGGAUGGACAGUUCACCGCAGAGCUGGGACCGUCAGAGCUGCUAUAUCUGCUGGACGACUAUGUCUCCAAGUUGUCUCAUUCUCUCACAGCCUCUCACAAGCGCAUCUCCUUCCUCAAAACUGCCAACAGUAACAAUGUGGUUGGAUUUGAAAACUUGGACAAAUUCCCCCCGCUACAUAUCGCAAAGAACACAAUCAAGCUGUUGUCGUUCUUGUGUGGCUUCUUGGAGAAAACCGUCGAGUUUACUCAGAACCUGGUUAAAGUCAAUGAUGGGAUCCUAGACUCAACAGGAAUGUUUAUGGAAGGCUCAGCAGAAAUCAAGAUGUGUCAAGCAAGAUUGUUGAGGAUCCUGGCAAUACUGUUCUCCUGGGUUGGCUUACAAAAUCCUGCAAAUAGCAACUACCUAUUAGCUGCACUACAGAAGGUAGCUGGUCGUGUGAGUGGUGAGCAGGCCAAGACCAAGUCCAGACCUCAGCUGGUGAGAGACUGUGUACAGUACCUCACACAGUGUCAUGAGCAUGUCCUAGAUCUGACCUCGGCCUGCACUCUCGUUGACACUAUCAAAGCAUUUAUGCAUCAUGCAGAACAAGACAACAGCAUCAGAAGCCAGAUAGCGAAUCUCUGUGGUGAGUUCCUGGAGAGACGGUGGUAUGACAUGAAAGGAAAUCGUGAGAAAGGAGCGGCACUCAAUAGCCAGGUGGGGGAACUGCUGUCCAACUAUCUUACACACUCGGCUGACCAGCUCAAGACUGUCACAGACAUCCUGGGCUGGCUGUCCACCCAACACCAGCAGCUGGCUGAAAAAGAUGGAGCUCUCUCUACGUUUCCUUCAUUCUCUAGGUUGAACCUGCACGUGUUGAUCACUGGUCUACUGAAGGGACUGGAGAGUGCUGUGAGACAGAGACUGGAAGACCAGUCCAGUGACAGAGACCAGCUACAGUUGUGGUCAUCUCUUACACAGGGACUGGAGACUUUGGUAGCUGUUGUCAAGGCUAACGACAGCAAACCUAACCUCAGAGUUUUCAUGAAGGGCUGCACAGCAGUGUUGAAGCUUUUCUUGUCACAAGGAAUGUCUACAUGCAGAUUCAUGUUCAAACACGAACCUGCCACUGUGUCUCAGGUGCUCAAGAAGCUUCAAGUCACUACAAGAUACUUACAGACAAUCUGCAACUAUGUGAAGGUGAGUAAAGACACUGGACUGACACAGUAUCUGCCUCCCAUCAGAGCUGUGCUGGAAUCCAUCCUUCUACAGGUCAGGAGCAUCAUAGUUAUCAACAAUUGCACCGACGCUUUCUUCAUGGGCAGCAUGAAAAACAGGGACCUCAAAGGCCAAGAGAUACCUUCUCAGAUUGAAGAAGAGGAAGAAGGACUAAAUAGUCUACACAAUGGAUCGGAUUCAGAACAAGAAAAGGAAAAGGAUGACGGAGAAAGCUCUGCUAUUGAAACAGACAUAGAAGGUGAAGAGGACGAUGCCAGUAACUCAAUUAGCAUUUAGUGUCUGAAGAUGAAGUUGCAUUCUCAAGAACAAGUUUAAGCCAAUAAUUGGGCUAAGUUACUAAUUUGCUUUUUAUAUUUUGAAAAGUGUUUUGCUACUCUCAUGGUUAUCACAAUAGUAUAUAAGUUUAUCUGUGGAUAUUUUAGUUCUGUUGUACAGUAAGAUAUUGAACAAUGUCACAACUAUGUUUUACAAUACAACCUUUUUAAAUUAUUAAUCCUUUAAACAGAUCCUUAGUCUUUUUAUUUCCGGUUUAGUCUCAGUUAGUUGUUUUUUAUUAGAUGUAAUAUUUGAGUUAUUAGAUUCUUCAGGUUUAAAAUCUUGUUACUGACAAAUU